AUGAGUACUCAGGACAAACUCAUCCUCUACACCAACCAUCGCUGCCCAUGGGCGCACCGGGCUCAUAUUGCCCUGGAAGAACUUAAGAUCCCCUUCGAGGAGGUCAUCAUCGACCUGGACACUCCGCGGACGGCCGAGUAUUUGCAGAUCAACCCCCGUGGUUUAGUCCCAGCGCUGUCGCACAACGGCGAGAUCCUCAUCGAGUCCGGUAUCGUUGCGCAGUUCCUAGUCGACAGGUACCCGUCGCAUCUGGUCCCAGCCUCUAAUGAGCCGGGCGGUGCACUCCGUCGUGCUCGGAUCGGCCUGUUUGCGGAUGCCUUCUUCUCCAAAUUCCAGACUCCGCUGUUUGGUCUUUACUCGGCCAAGACUGAGGAGGAGCGCGAGGCGGCCGUCGAGAAGGCGGUCGCUGGGCUCGUCAAGGAGGUCGAGCCGCUGCUCGCGGAUGCCAGCCCGUACUUUGGAGGAAGUGACAAGAUCACGUUCGCUGAGGUUUUGACUGCCUCCUUCGCCAUCCGCCUCCUCAGCCUCAUCAAGGCCGAUCUGCACCCCAAAUCUCUCGGAGUCGCGAUCGAAGAGAAGGCGCCCAACUUCCUCAAGUGGGCGAAGACCGUCUCAGUGCAUCCUAGCGUCACAUCUAUCUACAACGAGACAGAUAUCCUCGAGUCGGCGAAAAAGAGGAUUGCUAAGCUGAGGGCCAGCGCUUGA